AUGGCAGCGCUGAGACAGGAGCAUCGGUAUGGGCUCUCCUGUGCAAAAAUCAACAAAAACGUUCAAAAUAAAACUCUGUAUCACGUCAAGCUAACUGAUACCGCCAUUCGAACGCUUGAAGCCUACCAAAAUCUUAAGGGAUCCUUACCAAAUCAGCCAGCAAUUUGCUUCAAGGGGAGCCAGGGGUACAUCAAGAUCCCCGCCCCGUCCCCAGAUGCCUCGGACGCACUACGGGUCUUCUCCUUCUACCUGUCCAGUGAUAGCAAGGACAAACCUCAGGCCAGCUUCGACUGCACCCACCAGUAUGUCUCAAGGGAGGGCAGGGAGCACCUGGAGGGCCAGGGCAGUAUUCAGGACAAGAUCACUGUGUGUGCCACUGAUGACUCGUACCAGAUGACCCGGGAGCGCAUGUCUCAGGUGGAGAAGGACAUCAUGAGCAGGUCGGCCAUCGAGAUCAAGCCAGGCUCUACUCGUGGUAAAUGUGUGAAGAUCCAGAGGAAGCAGGGCCUGUCAUCAAGCAUGGACAGCAGCAGCAACAAGAGGAGCGGGGCCCCCAGCCCAGUGGCCCUCCGGCCCCUAAGAGACCGCAUCAUCCACGUCUUGGCCUUGAAGGCCUACAGGAAGCCUGAGCUGCUGCUGUGGCUGGAGAGGGAGAGGGCCAGUCCUAAGGACAAGGCUGACCUGGGAGCAGUACUGGACGAUGUUGCUAAACUGAAUCCCAAAGAACACAGCUUUACACUGAAGGAUGAGUUCUACAGUCAUGUCCAGAAGGAUUGGCCCGGUUACCUAGAGGAAGAGAAGCAGCUCAUCCAUAGGCUCCUGGCCAGGAAACUGCAGCCACUGAGCAGCAGUAGCCAGUUGAAGAGUUUCCAGUCAAACCAUUCAUUCCACAAAACCCCUGGGGAUUCUCCGUCACAACUCAGCCCGGUCAAAACUCCCUCUGUGAAACGCCCAUUUCCCUCUGAGCUAUCUGAUUGUCAGACCCCCAAGAAGCAAAGACUAUUAGACCACAGUUUACCCCUGCAGUCCCUUUCCAAUGGACACCUUGGUCCCCUUGGAGCCCGUAGCUCAUCUGGUCCAGGAAACACCAGUGUACAGACCAAAACAGAGUUUGAGAGAACCAACAAUCACAACCAGGGAAGCCCUAAUGGUCUCUUCACACGGCACAAACUGGAUGGUUCCUCCAGCAUUCCCAAGCUGGAGAGGACCGAGCCGGUCCCAGCCGUACCAAGCCCCAAGGCCCCACAAACUGAGCCCUCCAUCUACACUGACCAGCAGCUAGCCAACGGCCAGCACAAAAAGAAGAAGUCCAAGAAGCACAAAGACAAGGAACGGGAGCACUUAAAACAAGACUGGAUAGAGAACAGUCCUGACCUGAAGCAGAACCAGGAACAUUUCAAUGACCACGAGGGGGCUAAAACACCUGUCACUCGUACGUCACCAGAAGAGCUGCCCGACUAUUUCAUAAAGUACAACAUCAUCACAGCCUCAGAGCAACGGAAACAGUACAAGGAGGAUUUCUGUGCGGAGUAUGAUGAGUACAGGGCCCUACAUCACCGGAUCGGUACCAUCACUGAGAUGUUUGUUCAGCUGGGCUCAAAGAUCAACACUCUCUCCCCCGGUACACAGGAAUACAAGCUCAUGGAGGACCAAAUACUGCAGAAAUACAGAAAAUAUAAGAAGAAGUUUCCUGGUUACCGGGAAGAGAAGAAGCGAUGCGAGUAUCUGCAUCAGAAACUGUCUCACAUCAAAGGUCUGAUCCUGGACUAUGACCGUAUCCAGGCCCCUUCAUAGUGACUGGCCUGCACCCUGCUUCCACAGGGUGCUAUUUUAUCAACUGACCAAAAGACUCCCCAGGACCAAAAGACUGACCAGCCGAGCCUGGGUCUGGAGUGUUAAGGACUUUAAUCACAUAUGAAUCACACAUUCACUUUAUUCCUCCAAGUGUUGAUGGAAGAGAGGAGAGAGGUUCUCUUAUAUGAAGUGGGCCAAGACCAGCGACACGUGAUCAAAUGAAUCAUUUUUGAGGACCAGUGUUGUUGUAACGGCUGGCAAUUUAAGCCAAAUGUAUUUUUCUAUCCAUAAUGUUAAUGUACAUGAACUCUCCUGCCCAGUGCUUUUAACGUUUGGUCUAUUGCCAUGACUACACAGAAAGACUUAGUUUGAUGGUACAAUCAUAAGGACAGAUGAGAAUAAAUGCUCUUCACACCCAGUCUUCUAUCCAUGCUAUAUUUAAGUACCCAGUACAAUUUGCGGUUUGUUGUUUCACUGAAUGUAUAGAUGUAAAAUAGUGAUAUAAGAUCUUGAUUUCUAUAGAGAGGGUUGUAAAUCACUGGAUUAAGAUUAGGGGACGCUGGAAGAUAUGCAAUGUUGUGUGGCAAUAUCUCAGACCUCUAUGAACAAGAAGUGAACUGGUUGAGUUGAUCAUUUCUCUAUUUGUUAAAGUUGAUGAUACAGUACAUGUCAUUAAUCAGACAUGCCAGUCAAAUCUCCUAUACAUUCGCCUCUGACCCACAUUUCACGUUCAGUCUGUAGUUCCCGUUUGCAGUAAUUGAGCCAUUCUGCUUCAUCAAAUAUGGGCCAUGGGAUUGGAAACAACCGCCCCCUCUAUGCUGAAGAAAAUGUUUAUGAAUCUUGAUAUUUGUAUGAUAUAGUAAAAUGCCAUCUUGGUCAUACAGUAUACUCCCAUGUUUCUGUUUAAACCACUACAUCAUUACUGAAAGAACACUAAUCUGAAAUAGAACUGCAAUCAAACGCCAAAGUAAUAUUUUUGGAUUGUUAUGGCAUUCUAUUACCUUCUUAUCCUUCUGGAUAAAUUACUCUCAUUGUUUGAGCCAGUAUUCUCUGACCUUUUGAUGAUAGUAAUACAGUUCAUACAAUAUUAAUGAAUAUUUUAUUACCUUGAUCAAUAGUCCAAUGCCGGAGCAUGUAACAGUACUUCCAAAAGCCAUUUUUAUAUUACAAAGCUUGUGCCUGUGUGAUGUAUUCUAUCAGCCCAGAAGGAAGCAGGAUUGCUCCCAUGCAGUGAUGAAAUGCAAUAUUUUGAAGCUUUUGGUCUCUUUGGAUUUCAACCUGGUUUAGGUUAGAUAGAUCCGAGAUGAAUCAUAGUUCAAACAUGAGAUCUCAGAAACCUAUUUUCUGACUUGUGUGAACUUCUUCACUCUUGCUGUUGAAACUGCUCUGUAGGAAAAUGCUGUGGUAACCAUUGGUGACAUUGUAUUUCUUAAUGUUGCUGUAGCAGUCUACUAGAUUUCACCUCAGCAAAGAUGGGACAGUUUAUUUUCAGUUUGAAUCAGUGAAUGUUCCAUUACAACAUUGGGCUACUGGAUGUAUUUGUCUACAGUAGAUGCAUUUACACAAACUGGACCACAUUAACUGAACCUCUCUGGGUGUACCUGUUGUCAUCACCUGGGAUUUCAUACAGUUCACUUUGAUUAUCUGUGGCUUGAAGAUAUAUAUUUUUUCAAAUACAGUGACUACUCGUAAGCAGUAAUGAAAUCAAUGUGAGUGUCUGUGUACACUAUCUUGCUACUUAAUUGCUGUCUUAAAUGUAAAGGGAAGAUAGUUCAUUUUGCCUUAACACACCAUGAACACAUUUUCAUGUCUCUGAUAUUGACUUUCUGAAAUGUAAUGUAAUCUCUCUUUUUUUAAUCUGCUCAAUUUAAUAUAAUGUUUUAGGAUCAUGUAUUUUAGUUCACAUUUUUGGGGGUUGAAGGAAAUGCAUAAUUUAUGUUAAUGUGUAAUGCUUUCAAUACUGCGUCUUAUAUGUCUGCACGUCUUUUUACAUUGUUGAUCUAUUCCUCUACCAUGUGAGUUGGGGCUCGAUUCAAUCAGAUCUGCUUUAGCGAACAUCCGCAUAGCGUUUGUUUUGACAGUCUAUGAGGUGGAGCUGUUAGAGCUGUCAAAUCCACAAGUGGCUCCCUGCAUUAUAGAUAAAGCCAACAUUGCAAUUGACUACACGGAGUCGCAUUAACAGAAAUCUCAUGCCGUCUUGUUUACACUAUGGAACAGUGUAACGUGUGAUGUAAUGUGCACCUUGAUUAUGAUGAUAGAAACCCUCAUUAUUUAGUUUAACGAUUUUUCAAGUUGAGCGUAAUUAUUCCUGUAUAACCUACACUUUCUCCUUCUGAACAUCUAACGCGAGUGGGGCGGUUGUGGCUUUGUGACAAUGGUUGCAAGAGCAGCUGCUCACCGAUUUGAAGGUUCCUAUGCAGUUCCACCUCUGAGGGCCCACAACAUCCGCUAUGCGGGUGUCUGCUGUCACCGCUUAACGCUUGAUCCGAUUGAAUCUAGGCCUUAAUUCUUUUUUUGUUUGUGAUAGGUUCAUUUCUGUUCCUUUCCCUCAUGAGUGCUCUGUGGAUAUCUGUUUGAUAAUGUUGAAUGGAGUAUAGAAAAUGAAUUGUGACUAUGUUAAGGGCCUUUUUUUCAUCCAUUACCAUUCUUCACCACUGUCACAAACCACAUGGUUUCAGAGCUCCGUAUAGAAAUAUGUCCGAAAGGUCUCUCAGAAGUGCUUGACUGGGCUAGAUUCAUCCCUGACAUGUACACAUAGUGGAAGUUCUUCUGUCACAGUUUGGGUUCUUUUUUUAUUGUUGAAUUCUAAAUGUAAUAAAUUAAAUAUAUGCUACUGACUGUGGUAUUCUGGAAAGCGCAUGACCAGAUGUGAGACUAGUACAGACCACUGUCUCUGUGUGCAGUAUUGGACUGAGCCAUAUUCAUCUGAAUAAGUGCCAAUUGUGAUAUACGCAGGAGUUAGCGAGGUGCCUUCUAAUAGGAAAAUCUGAGUCACAUUGGCUUUAACAUAAUGUUAUCUUUCAUAAUUGAUUUGAUUGCAUGACACGCAGGUGAAACAAAAUAUAUGUACUCAAAUUAUUGGUCCCUAAAUUUUAUUUUUCAUGUGUAGGACUACAGCUUUGUGGCUAAAGGUCUUUGAAAACUGUUAAGACAGCUACAAUGUGCUCUUGAAAUGCAAAAUGCCAUUUAAUGUGCAUAUUGCUUACAAAUCAAACAACUCUAGAAUAUGUUUUUGUUUAUUGUCUCGCUGUUGCUGGUGCAUUUACUUUGUUGAUAUUGGUCAAUUAAAUGUCUCAAUAGAAAUGUGAAAUAAAAUAUCUUGUCUAGUAUAAAUCACUACAGAUUGUCGACUUUUGAGAACAAAUUUGUGUAACUAUUCUUUUUUUUUUGCUUCCUUCUUUGCCCAAAUCCUCAGUCUAUUGAAGACAGACAAGAAGCCUCUACUUGGCGAAAGGUAAAUGUAAUAUAUAUAUAUAUAUAUAUGCAUAUAUUUGCAAUUGUCUGUGGGGGAUGCUUUAUCACCAACUUUUCCUCUAGAAAAAUACUAGAAAAUGUAUUAAUGUCUCUGAAAAAAUAAAUAAAGCUCUUUUCAUCAAUAA